ACGUAAAGUAUGUUAAAUCCUAGGAUCCUUUUCCUUUUGCACCUUCCUUGAUCUUUCUGAUGGCUGUGAAACCAAAGUUUAGCCUAAAACUCCUCAUUGAUGAAGAGCAAAACAGAGUUGUUUUGGCCGAGACUUGUAAAGAUUUUGCAGAUGUACUCUGCAGUCUUUUGACUCUUCCCAUGGGAACCAUUGUCAGGCUGCUGGAGAAGCAUCAUCAGAAUCCUCAGUCUUCUUCAAUCGUAGGUUGCUUUCACAAUCUGUACAAAAGUGUUUCAGACAUGGACAUUGAUAAUUUCAAGACUCCAGGUUGUAAAAACUUGUUGAUGCAUCCAAGGAGUAUGAAGGAGAGUCAUUGCAGGAAGCUAAAGCUGAACGUGGAUGACACUGAGGCGACCAAGUUCUUUGUCUGUCCAAAUUUUGUUUCUGUGGAGUCUUGCUGUAAGGUUUACAGCAAUGUAAGUACGUCAAGAUGUAGCUGUGGAAACUCAAUGGCACGCGAGUUUCAGGUUGAAGAUGGAGAGAAAGACAAAGUGGAUGGAGUGUUUCUCAGCUGCAGAACGUCUUAUAUUGUUACAGAUGAUAUGAGAGUGGCAGUAAACUCUAUGGGACUUGUGCUGAAUGUUCUCAAUGAUCUUGGCUAUUCUGGUUUUGAUAAACUUCAAGAAAUGGUUAUUGAUGUUGGUUUUGAAGAGGUGCUGACACUUCUAGGGUGUUUAUUCACCUCGGAUGCUCCAUUGACAGACACAUUCCUAAGGAAACAUUGUAUGGCAAUGAAGAGUAAAAUGUUGACACCACUGGUCCAAGAAACUAGAGUUGCAGGAGAAGUCAAUGAAGUUGUCACUUUGAAAGUUUAUGUUAGAAAGUCAGACAAAGCGAUUCUUUAUGCUGAAUGCAGAGAAGAGUUUGUUGAUUUUCUUUUCACUUUUCUUGUGAUACCACUUGAGUUUGCUUGGGAACUCUCUGUUGAUGACUCGAACAUGGGAUGCGUUGGGAAUCUGAGGAGAAGCGUGAAAGAGUUGAGCUUUGAGCAGAGAAGAGAAGCCAUGCUUCCUUAUUACUACAGUUGUCGUAUACAGCUUCUUAAUGUUGUCAUACAAGAAACGCCAGAGUAUGAGUGCUUGGUCUCUCGUCGCAGUUAUAACAGUAGCAGACUCUCCAAAACCAUCAAGAAGAGUGUGCUUGGGGACGGUGAGAGAGUUGCAAAGUUAACUCCAGUGGUGACUUCAGAUUCUGCUAGUAUUGGACUUGUCAAAGGAGAGACUAACUUCAUAGUAUCAGAUGAUCUAGUCGUCACAGCGAUGAACUCAUCCUCAACAAUCUCAUUGCUAAGUAAGUUGCAGAUGAAUAUUAGUGAUAUAGAGGAGCAAGUGAUUAGCAUUGGCAAAGCUCAGGUAUGAUACUUUUCUUUACUUCUUUUUUACUCUUUUUGGUUUGUAAAGAAAAUCUUGACUUACACUUUGUGUUUUAGGCUAUCAGUUUACUGAGAGCUUCUUUGAUCACAACCUCUGCAUUAUCUAAUGGUCUCUCCAACUUCCUCUCAAAGAUGAAGCUAAAAGAAGCAGCUCCAUCAACUUUUAAGAUACCAAAAUCUGAAAAAAUCCUCUGACGCAAAAGGGUCUUUGUUAUUCUGCAAGUGUUACCAACUCUGCAAUCAAACUUUUUCAAUUUAAGUUUAUGAUUUUGCAUUACUGAUCCUUACCUCUUUCUCUUCUAUGUUACUGAUCAAGUUGUUAUCAAGCAAUGGAUUACUUUAGUUAGAUGUUCAGGGUCUUUCCAUUGGCAUUCAUCAAUCCCUUAGAAUGUGACUAAUGAAGUAUAACUAUUUAAACAAAGAACCAUCAAAAUCCGUUGUAGUCUAGCUGGUCAGGAUACUCGGCUCUCACCCGAGAGACCCGGGUUCGAAUCCCGGCAACGGAGUCUUUUUUUGUGAUUUGUUUCCUUUUUUUUGGCUCUAUGUUAAUUCGAAAAUUCUUGAAACUCUGAGCUCCGUCCAUGUUCGGAGCACGCCUCGCAGAUAUUUUGAUAAUUUAACAUUUCAAAUUUUUUUUUGCCUACCUGGCCCCAUAUUUACUCAUUUUCAAUUUUAUUUAUUUAGACAGUAAAGGAAAAAGACAAUAAACGAAGUUGUCGACAUAAUUAAAAUUUUUCUUUCCGCC